AACUGACGACGUCAGCCUGGGGAGAAGAACAGGGAUGGGGAGGGAAAGGUGGGGGUGGACAGGUAAAGGUGCUCUGUUCCGUCGCGCCUACUACUCAGGGAAGCACACCGAUGUGUUGUUGACUCCUUUGUUUUUUCGUUUGGAGCCGGCUGUGUGAAAAAGAAAAUGGUGAAACAAGAGAAGGCGUCAGCCAACCGGCCUGACAACACCGCCUUCACUCAGCAGAGGCUUCCGGCAUGGCAGCCCAUGCUCUCUGCAGGCAUCGUCAUCCCAGGGUUUGUCCUCAUUGGUCUGGCAUUCAUCGGCAUUGGCGUCGCCCUCUUUGUCACUUCACGGGGCAUCCAAGUGUUGGAGAUAGACUACACUGGGGUUGAGCAGAACUCACCAUGCUUCCCGUGCACUGACCAAAAUCGCAAGAACUGUGUGUGCGAUGUGAACUUCUCCAUUGACACACUCUUUCAGGGGCCUGUGUUCUUUUAUUAUGGUUUGUCCAACUACUUCCAGAACUACAGAAAGUAUGGUGUGUCUAAAGAUGAUUACCAGCUGUCUGGAGACCUGAGCUACUUCAAGGCACCCAGUAGUACCUGUUCUCCCUAUGAGUAUGACAAGAACAACAAACCAAUUGUACCAUGUGGAUCAGUGGCAAACAGCAUGUUCAAUGACACCUUCAAGCUGUUUCAGAUUGUCAAUGGUGCAAAGAAGCAGGUGUCCUUGGAUGGAAAAGGGAUUGCUUGGUGGACAGACUACAACAUCAAAUAUAGAAACCCCUCUGUCACACCUCUGAAGAACGCCUUCAAUGGUACUGUGAAACCCUUAUUUUGGUCCAAGCCUGCUUACGAGUUGGACCUGUCAGACCCUGCCAACAAUGGCUUCAUCAACCAAGACUUCCUGGUGUGGAUGAGGAGGGCGGCCCUUCCAAAUUUCAGAAAGCUGUAUCGACGAAUCACUGACGGUGAUUAUGCACAGGGUCUGCCAGCUGGAAACUACACACUGGAAGUUUCCUACAACUAUCCUGUUCUGAGCUUUGGGGGCAGAAAGAAGGUGGUGUUCAGCAACGUCUCCUGGAUGGGUGGCAAGAAUGAGUUCCUGGGUAUUGCCUAUCUUGUUAUUGGUUCAAUGUGUGUCUUCAUGUCCAUAGUCAUGCUCAUUGUCUAUGCUAAAUUCAAGUUCCCAGAGGAGGACUGAUUGCCUGGUCAUGGACUAUAGUUCAGUGAGGGUUUAUCUACCCUGUCAACAAUUUUUCUUUUUUUUUCUUUUUUACUCAAUGAGAUGAUGACAGCACAGUUCAAUGCUCACAUAAAGGGGAGUAUACAGCUAGAAUCCACCUAUGAACUGAAGUCACAUUUGUUAUUUUGGACAUGAAGAUGUCUUGAAAGGUGAAGAAAAAGCCUCACUUUGAGAGGCAGGACUUGAGUUGCUCCAUUGACUGCAAAAUCUUUGUGGACUUCAUACAUGUGCUUGUCUGUAGCACAUCUGUGCAAAAACACUACAAAAUCAGCUAAUAAUCAUCACCUGCAGAGCAGCUGUAUAAAAAUUGUCUAUUGUUGGUAUCUCAGAUCCAUCAGGGACAAGCUAGGCAGAAGUGGUAUUCACUGUGUGCAUGCUGAUAAUUGGCUGAGAAAUGGAGACAUACAGUAGGGUCCAAAGUGUACAUAUUCUACUUUGUAAAUUAUGAAAUGAACAUUUUCCAGUUAAAGCAGUUCAGUUUAUGCAACUGUAGUCUGCUGUGUUUUUCUCAGGCUUAAGGAAGUCUCAUACAAUAUUUCUUAAACUUUUCUUCAUCAUCACAAAAUGAACUGCCCCCUCAUUUUAGGUCAGUAAUAACAUUAAAGCCAUAAAUCAUUUGAUAAGCUAUUUGAUACUGGACAAGAAGUUACAUUUUAUUGUAAGUGUAUGGGAUGUGUAAUGUAACUUGCAAAUUUAUGCUGUAGAAAAUGAGAAUAUAUUGCUCUGCUCUCUCAGGGAUAUGGUGUGCAAGCUGUCCAGCUAAUGCUGUUCUCUACAUGCUUUUAUCACUUUUAACUGUGAUUAUUCUUUGAAACUGAGAUUUUACUAUUUGUGCUGAUAUUUAUUUAAUAAAACAAAACCAUUAUGUCGCA